UUCACUUCAAUCAUUGGUAACUUGACACGCUGGACUAGUGUCAUAACCAUAUAUACAAAGGAGAAGCCUCGAGCUUCCCAUUACCAUCCGGCUUGGGUGGAUUCGGGGGUUGCUCCAUCUUUUCUUGUCUUUUGUUUCUCUUCUUUGUUUUCUUGUUUCUUGUCUCCGCUCUAUUGAGAAAAUUUGAACACAAGGGGAUAAAGAAAAGAAAGAAAAGGAAAGAGAGAGGGAGCCAUAAAAAAAAUAAGUUAAGGUUGCACGUGUCGGGAUUUGUUGGGUUGUCACUCCUUUCCACUCGGAAUCAUUUCGCCCUUCGCCAUACUUCACCCAUUAGUAUUUCUUGUUCUCCCUCUAUGAGUUGGCGUUCGGUGGCUCGAGAUGCAGACGCAGUAUUUCCGUUCGCCGAAUAGCCAAGGGCAACCGGGCGUUUCCUAUGAGUUGCCGCCGGUGCAAUCGGUAACAUCUCCCUCAGGUCCUUUUCCACAGGCUGGCCCUCCACCUACUCUUCUUUCCGCUCCGCCGAGUAGACCCGCCAGCGGAUUGAGAAUGGCUCAUCUUUUGCAACCCCUGCCGCACCAGAUGGCAAACCCUCCCCCGCCUCCCCCUCCUUCAUCAUACUCACGAUCCUAUGAAUCAAGCGGCUCGCCGGCCGAAGGCGCCUCUAUUCUUCCGGAUGCGCCACCACUCAAUGGUUCGGCCCCAGGGUCGUCGGGGCUUCUUCCUCAGCCCAGUGGUGCCGGGCAGCAGCAGCAAAUGCAGCAGCCGCUACAACAAAAGAGAGCCUAUCGUCAGAGGAGGAAAGACCCUAGUUGUGAUGCAUGUCGUGAGCGCAAAGUCAAGUGUGACGCUUCGGAGUCGUCUAGUUGUACAGAAUGUACAAAUCGCAAAGUGCGAUGCCAGUUCACGAAGGAAACUAACAGGCGCAUGUCGUCUAUCAAGCAAGUACAGGACUUAGAGAAACAGCUUCUGUCGACCAAGCAGCAACUACAACAACUGCGAUCGGGCAUGUUAAGGCCGGACAACCUGAUUGAUCUCGAUGUUGAUGGAAUCGGACAGUCUCAAUUGAAGCUCCCUGACAUUGGGUAUCGGCCACCGCGCCAGCCAAGAGCUCCGGUAUCACAGGACCUAACCGAAGCUCGAGCCAAUCUGCGAAAGUAUGGAAGAGGAAUUCUAAAAGUACCAACUCCGUAUCGCCAGCCGGGUCCGAAAUCGCUCCUGACGUCCGACCCUCCGCCGCUUCCCCCGAAGGAGGUUGCAGACCGUCUCCUCAUGCAAUACUAUGAAUGUAUUCAUUCGGUUCUGCCAGUAGUUCAUUGGCCUAGCUUCGUGGCGGAGUAUGAAAAGGUUUACCAAACUGGUUCCCUUCUGGGCCUACCUCGAGAAUGGGCGGCCGUUCUGUUUGGUAUCUUCGCUUGUGGUUCACUUCACACACUGGAAAAGACUAGGGAAAACGACGGUAAAGAAUUCAUACGAAUCUCCUGCGGGGUCAUCGAUGUCUGGAAGGACAAUUUCACCUUGGAUCAAGCCCGAGCCGCGCUUUUGGUUAGUCUUUUUCUUUACGAGGUCAACGCAAAGUCAGCCAGCUGGGUAUGGAUCGGAUCUGCAGUGAGGGUUGCACAGGAGAUAGGACUGCAUAUUGAGUCGGGGCCGUGGUCAGCCCUCGAAGGGGAAAUGCGCAAGCGGGUAUGGUGGGGGGUGUAUGCCUGGGACAGGCUUCUCGCCCUGGAAAUGGGAAAACCAGUCCUCAUCAACGAUCAAGAUUGCGAUGUUGAUCUUCCUUGUCCAGUCGACGAACGGGGUAUUUCAGAAGGUGGCAUUGUGGCGGAAGGCCAACAGACUACUCCACUCCUGGCCACUAUACAUGUCGUUCGGUCAAUUGGUCAAUUGGUCCGGACGUUGAGAAGCUCCACGAUCAGCCCGGCAACCCUGGAAAUAUUCGAGCGACAUUUUCAAACUUGUCAGGCCACGUUUCCCCCGCAGUACCAUCCGAAGUCCGACCAAUACCUCGACCCCCGCUCUAUCCUCCCACUCAUCUACCUGCAAAACGCCCGUCUCAUCCUCUAUCGUCAUAAUAUUUCCCCUUUCUGUGCCCCUGAGGUCCGCUCGUUGGCGCUUGAUUACUGUGUUUCAAUCUCUCAGGACACUGCUCACCUCCUUUCACGCUGCAUGCGGGCUCCUUCGGGUCCUCAUGGUUACUCUUCGCCUCCUGGGGAUGAUGACUGGCGGCCUUUGUUGGCGUCCUCUGCGGGAACUGUGCUCUGCACCCACAUCUGGCGUUGUGUGCUAGUGUUGCUAUUCCGCCAGGAAUAUGAUGCCGCACUGGUGUGCGUCCGGGCAAGUGCUGUGGUUGGAGACUCCCGAGCGGUCAAUGCGGCCUGUGGGCGGUACAUCGCAUUUUUCCUGAAGUGCCUUGUGGACCGGCUACGUCACCCCGACGGUGGGGAUCUUGAGCGAGACGAAGAAAUGUUGGCAUACGUGUCGGGCGACAUGCAAGGUACAACUGGUGGCAGCUGGGUGUGGCAAGGCAGCGAGACUGGCUCUCAGCUGGAGACAUUGACUGACUUCGGUAGUCCUGUCCCAAUGCCACACCCCAGUGCCCGAGACAAUUUGUCUACAGGGGAAGUAGAAGAUUGGGAAGGGUGGGACUGGGUUGAACAGACGGUUCAAUAUCUAAUCAGCGAGAAGCAAAAGCAACAGCAGGAGUAUAACAGAAUGGAUGUGCAGACUAGCCCUGGAGGUGAUGAGCCAGCACCUCAGCCACAGUCGGCCUCAUCUCAUUCACGCAUGACAAUCGCAAGCAUCAUCUAAUACCACGGGAUCUGUCGCUCAUAAUUUGAUACUUUGCGGCUCUCCCGCAUACCCUUGUCUCCAUAUCGAUACCCACUCUAGCGGCGUCAGCUUGUGAAAGACCAUGAAACAUCGUCAGUUCAUAUAAAGCGGGCCCUGAGGACCGGCUUAGAGCAGUCAACACUCUGCAGAUUAAAAACUUACGAGACAAACCAAGGACACAGGCGCCCAGGGCAGCGACGGCUUUCUUCGCCAGGGAGGAGGUGGACUGUAUUAUCUAUUUGUAUUAUCUGUCUAGAUGAUGGUCUGGGGUUCAGUGGAGCAUGUGAAACGAGAUAUGUCUUACGACCGAAUCUUUGAUAUCCAUACGAUACGUUUGAUUACAUUGAGCAUACCAUCAAGAUGCAUUUCUGUGUUGUAAAAUUCA